CACUUAGCUUAACACUCAUGUAUGAUCCUAUAAAAAUAGAAACACUUCGCCCUAACUGUUUUAUUGAGAUGAGUUUAUCUUGAAUUUAUUUAUUGAUCGUAUAUUGGCCAUAUAAUCUGACAAGAUACGAUUCACAUUGAUACUAUUUCUGACGACACAUGAUAAACGAACGAAAUGACAAUAAUCUAGUCAGUACACAUUUGCGCUUGGUGAAGAAACAUUACAAUAGAAACCGUAUUGACGAUUCGCAUCUUUUUUUCUUGACAAAUUUUCGAGCGUUCGAUAAAAACAUGAGAUCGAGCAGAAAUGAUUUAUAUGAAAAUGAAACCAAAAUCCUUUGGUGGCUGCCUGUUAUUGUUUUACCUUGGUGUGUACUUUAUCUGUUAGUUUUACUAAAUUAUCGUGCAUUACCUACGCCAUUGACGAUUAACGAUGAAGACGAGGUCUCUAAUGCCAACAAAUUUAUCGCUGAACGAGCCCAAGAAUUGAACAGAGAAUUUGCUUCAAUCGGACCGAAAGUAUUUGGAAGUUUUGAAAACGAAGAAUUGGCAUUGGAGUUCUUAAAACAAGAACUUGACUACAUAAUUGCUGAAAGAAAUCCUGUUCAUGAUAUCAGCUACGAUAUACAAAAGUCGUCGGGUAGCCUACAAAUCGAUAAGACCACCGCUCUAUACACCGACAUUCAAAACUUCGUCGUAAAAUUCAGUCCAGCAUCAGCAUCUACCAAUCACAGUUUACUAGUAAACACGCAUUUCGAUUCAGUUCCUGUUUCUCCAGGUGCUGGUGAUGAUGGUAUUUGGGUGUCGGUCGUACUUGAAAUUGUGCGCGUUCUGUCCAAACAAGAUUCGGCGUUCGAAAACACAAUUAUUUUCUUAUUUAAUGGAGCUGAAGAAGUCAAGUUACUUGGUUCACAUAUGUUUAUCACGCAACACCAUUUGGCUGAUGACGUGAAGGCUUUCAUAAAUCUAGACUCUUGCGGUACCGGCGGCAAAGAAGUAAUGUUUCAAUCUACACCACACAACAGGUGGAUGAUGGAUUAUUAUAAAAAUGUUGCGACACAUCCAACAGCAUCGGUUUUGGGCGACGAGUUGUUUAAGGCAGGAUUAAUACCAUCGGACACUGACUUCAGGAAUUUUCGAGAUUUCGGAAAUAUUCCAGGUCUCGACUUUGCCAUUUAUCGAAAUGGAUACAUCUAUCAUACCAGAUACGAUGCGGCCAAUCUCGUACCGAUGAGUACGUUUCAAAAUUCUGGUGAUAAUAUACUGAAUUUGAUACGUGCUGUAGCUGCUUCGCCUAAGUUAUCUGAACCUGCAGCUGACGACGGGGAACUCGUGUUUUUCGACUUUCUUGGUUGGUUCAUGAUAAGUUACACCGCCACUCAUGGAAUUAUCAUCAAUGUUGUCAUCUGUUUCGUAUCAUGUGUUAUAAUUUUGCUAUCUAUGCGUGGAAUAAGUAUAAAAUCGAACUUAUCCGCUGCGGACGCUGCAAAGGAAUUGGGAGUAAUAACAAUGGUCCAACUAGUAAGCAUAAUAGUAAGUCUGGGUCUAGUAUUGCUCCUGGCUUUCAUUUAUGAUGCAGCAUACCGAUCCAUGAGCUGGUUUUCGAAUCCAUGGAUGCUAUUCGGCAUUUAUGUUUGUCCGAUGUUCUUUUGCUUGGGAAUGGGACCAACGUUGUACAUCAUGUACCAGAAGAAGCCCUCAGUGCAUCUCAUGUACUACGUGCAAAUGUUUCUUCACUCGCAGUGCAUUUUCCUAAUAUUGAUGACUUUGAUCCUAACAGGACUUGGCGUUCGAUCGUCAUUUAUUUUAAUGUUUGAUAUUAUCUUUUACUCAGCAUCCACACUAAUAAAUGCUUUGUCUGGACUACAGCAUCGCCCUGCAAUUUGGAUAAUAAUUCAUCUGAUGGGUCAAGUCGUGCCGUUCAUGUUUUUCUCAUACUACACAAUUUUCUCUUUGGACAUGUUCGUACCGAUACAGGGCCGCUCAGAUCCAUCUAUGAAUCCUGAUUUAUUGAUAGCUUUUUCGCUGUCUGGCCUGGCAUUAUUGUUAGGCGGUCUACUCAUUCCGGUGCUCAAUCUGUUCAAACCAGCUUUUUACAUUGUGUGCGGUUUCUUGGUGAUAUUUCUCGCUUUUGUCAUCUGUAUGGCCACCCCACUUGGUUUUCCAUAUAAGCCGAAGGUUUCUACUGAACGAUUUUGGAUAUUCCAUACGGAGCGAUCUUUCCAUAGUUUUGGCGGAGAUUUGAGGAAACAAGAUUCGGUCUACUUUAUAUUGGCCAUGGACAGACACACAGCAGAUUAUGUGUCAGAACUUCCAAUGGCUUCCCGAACGUGGAAUGACUGUCCAUUCGAAAUGUUAUGCGGAGCGCCGUUAUAUUCAACGCGAAUGUUCGGUCAAUCAAAAUCCAGUUAUUUUGUGCCUGCCGAAGAGCCUGACUUCCCAUCAGAAACUACAUUAACCCUUCUAAGUUCAGAAAUGUCUAGCGAAAGGAUCAAACGAUUUGAAUUUCAACUAAUCGCACCUGAUCACAUGGUCAUGGCAAUAUCACCACUACCUGGACAUGAAAUGCUUGAUUGGAGUCUGCUCGAUUUUGUACCGUCCAACGUACAAAUUUGGAAUUCCAACGUCGGUGAUCGUCCCACCUAUUUCGUUCAAUCAGCAUUUGGCAGUGGAAUAAUGAUUUUUACCUUAGACAUACAGAUGGAAUCAGGCCAAAAUUCAACGGCUCCAUCAUUCGAUAUAGCUGUUAUCGGACACUACAAUCACUAUAACGACCAUGAAACAGACGAAUUCAGAGAGUUUAUGCAGACAUUCCCUGAAUGGGCACACAUAACGCCGUGGAUUAGUUCGUACAAUAGCAUGGUAUUUUAAAGAUAUAUUCUUAAGAGUAAAGUUCCAUUAAUUUGGAUUUCAAACAAUAAAAACGUAAUACUCGUACAAUCGG